UGCACUGCAGUCAUAUUUUCUGUCCUCUUGUUGUGAAGAUGCUCAAGUUUAUGAUUCUCUGUCAUGUCUGGUUCCUGAUCCACGAUGUGAUCGACGGUGUUGAAAACUCCACAGAUCUUCAGGCUAAGAGCUUCAGGUUUUGGACCAGUCUCUCUCCAUCAGAAGUGAACCGGUUUUCAGUAUUGGAGGGUCAUCAUGUGUGCCUGCCUUGUGGGGGGUUUGCCGGCUCCAAUGUAAUCUGGACUCAUCAGAACCGGAGGGUCCUGGUGACACGGCAGAGCAGCUACCAGACCAACGAUGACCGUCAGCAUUAUGUUCUGUUGGGUGAUGGAGGUCUCUGCGUGCUGAAGCUUGAGGAUUCAGACAGUGGAGCGUAUGACUGCAACCAGCAGCUGGUGGCUGAGCUGCAGGUGCUCACAGGGCAUGACUUCACUGUAGCUACGGGCAGGACGCUUCUGCUUCCCUGCAGAGGCUCCUCUAAGUCUAAACACAGGUGGUUUAGACAGAGAGAAGGGCAAAAGGAGGAGGUCAUCUUCACCCGUUUCAGAAAUGGUACAGGGAAAGCGGAAAUAGACGGGAGUCGCCUGAGCUACAUAAAUGACGCUCUGCAGAUCACAAACCUGCAGCCAGAGGACGCUGGAGACUAUUUCUGCAACAGAGUUCUGCAGGCAAAACUCACCAUCCUGGAAGAGCAUGCUGUGCCAGCCAGCAUCCCAUCAUCUACCACAAUAAGAACAGUCUCAUCUGUGUCAGUUGUGUUUGAAACGCAGAACCCAGCAAAGAAGAGACCAGAGAAUGCUCUGCUGCUGGUCACUGUCAUUGGUUUGGGGUUAAUGAUUGUCCUGAUCGCUUUAGUCUGUAUUUUCCUCACCAGCAUGAAGUGCAGAAAGAGGAGGAGACACAGAUAUGCAGCAAAAAGACGAGAAGAGACAGAGCUGCAGCUGUGGAUGACAUAUAAUGCCCAGACUGAGUAUGAGGUGUUUAAGCGUCCGUCCCUGCAGGAUGACAGCAUCCACUACGCCUCUCUGGGUCGACAGAGCUGGAUCCACAGACCCAGCUGGUCUCCACCAGAUCAGAGCACCAGUAAUGUUGUUUAUUCCUCGGUCAUCUCCAGACCUGCAGUCAAACACACUUUCUCCUGAUCCAGUUUAUUUCUGCCAUUCUUCGUCAAACAACAGUGAGAAGUGUUUGACCUUUUGUGUGUCAAUUACUUCUAAC